AUGUCCUUCUCUUCUCCCGUCUAUCUUCUUCCCCGCAUCAUGGAGUUCGCCGGCCCAGCCUUGAACGUUGAUAUUCCUAACCUCACCGUCCCUCAGUUCAUUCUCGACUCACCCCACGAGCUGAGGCCCCCCAGGAAGGAGGAUGUACCCUUGUUCAUUGAAGACGGCACUGGCCGUACUCUCUGUCACGCCGAGGUCCACCAUCGCACCCAGGGGCUAGCGAACGCGCUCAGUCUCAGAUGGAGCCUGUCUGAGGACGAUGUUGCCCUAACCACAUUUAUUAUCCCAUCUCUAUUUGGGCCGUCCAUAGGACCCGCCAACCCUAGCUACACGGUCGACGAACUCAUCCAUCAGCUGCAAACCGCCAAUGCCAAUGCCAUCAUCGUAUAUUCCACUUUCCUUCCCACCAUCAUCGAGGCCGCCCGUGCCGUCGGUAUCCCAAAGGACCGUAUCAUAUUGAUAGAUGGUCCGAGUAACAGCACCCAUGUCUCGGUCGAAAAUCUGAUAGAAUACGGUAACAGCAAGCCAAUGAACUUCAUCGAACGAAAAUUAAACCCCGGAGAAUCAAAGACAAAACUUGCAUUCCUCUCCUUCUCCAGCGGAACAACCGGCAAGAAAGGCCAAGGUGAUACCGAUUCGUUCCAUCACGCGGUUGAAAUACCUCAUCGGUCCAUCAUCUCGAAUGUCUUGCAAAGCGCAGCUCAUAUCAGCGGUGAAAGAGAUCCUCUCAAGAGGAUGAUGCCCGGAGACGUUUCCCUGGGAGUCCUGCCAUUCUUCCGCAUAGAUAUCUAUGGACUCAUUGUUACGCUCCAUUACGCCCUGUUCUCUGGAUUCUCUGUCGUUGUGAUCCCGAAAUUCAGCUUCAGAGGAUUCUUACAGAGCAUUGAUCGUUACCGAAUUACCCAUCUAUUCGUUGUUCCUCCGCAAGUCGUACUUUUAUGCAAGUAUCCAGCUAUUCGAGACCACGACUUUUCGCAUGUCAAAUUCCUAAUGUGUGGGGCUGCACCGUUGUCCGGCGAUCUAUAUGUGCAACUUGCGAAGGUUUUCCCGAAUGCCAUGAUUGGUCAAGGAUACGGGCUUACGGAGACGGCUACAUCUGUUGUCGCAAUGGACCCUACCAAAUUGCACGGAACGAUUGGAGCUGCAGGUCAACUUUUGCCCGGUAUUGUCGCACACGUCCUUAAAGAAGAUGGAUCGUUGGCGCGAGAGGGGGAACAAGGAGAACUUAUCGUCACAGGACCUUCCAUGGCGCUGCGAUACAGGAACAAUGAAGAAGCAACGAAGAGCACUUUUGUUAACGGAUGGGUUCGUACUGGAGAUGAAGUUAUUAUUAGGAACAACGAGCUUUUUGUUGUAGACCGUCUCAAGGUCAGGGGAUUCCAAGUUGCACCAGCCGAACUUGAAGGCCACCUUUUACUACAUCCAUCUGUGACGGAUUGUUGUGUCGUUCCAGUGCCAAACGACUAUAGCGGUGAAUUACCGUUGGCGUAUGUAGUCCUGGAGCCAGAACUACGGAAACGAAUUGGCCAUGUUUCCGAUUCAAAAGUGCAGUACAAAUGGCUGGCUGGUGGGGUCGAAUUCAUCGACGCUAUUCCCAAGAAUCCUUCGGGGAAAAUACUUCGACGACUAUUGCGUGAACAGGCUAGGAAGAGGAAAUCGGCGGAAGUACAAGCUAAACUGUAG